GACAAAAAAGUAUGUGGAAGGAGGAUGGGAUGCGCUUUCGUUCCCGGCGGUCCCCCGUUCUUGGUCGUCAUGGCAUGGUGGCGACAUCCCAGCCCCUGGCCUCGCAGGCGGGCCUCGAGGUCCUGAAGGCGGGGGGAAACGCCGUGGACGCCGCCAUUGCCGUGGCUGCCGUCCUGAAUGUGACGGAGCCGUGUUCGACGGGCCUUGGCGGGGACUGUUUCAUGCUGUAUUACGAGGCGGCAACGAAAAAAGUGCACGGCCUGAAUGGGAGCGGUCGAAGCCCGCGGGCCCUGACACUGGAGCGAGCCCGGGCGGAGGCGCGGAAGACGGGCACCAGUGAAGAGGACGACGAGAUGGAUCCUACGCACGUUCAUUCUGUCACGGUGCCGGGGACGGCUGCAGGAUGGGCCGACAGCCUGGAACGCUUCGGCUCGGGCGGGGCCUUCACCCUCUCCCGUGUGCUCGCCCCCGCCGUCCGCCUGGCCGACGAAGGCUUCCCUGUGGG